AUGGAAGAAUCAAUGGCGUUCUGUGACCAAAUCCCCCAACCCUUUAAUUCAAUACCGGAGAACCAUCUCAACAAGAAGAAAAAAAAGAGAUCUUCGGAGCUUACAAUCGAAGGCUACCAAAUCGAAGGCCUGUCAAUCGCCGGGCACGAGACCUGCGUGAUUGUCCCCUCUCUCAAUCUCACCUUCGACAUCGGCAAGUGCUCUCAACGUGUUGUCUCCCAGCAGUUCCUCUUCAUCUCCCACGGCCACAUGGACCACAUCGGAGGAUUGCCCAUGUAUGUUGCUACACGGGACUUGUACAAUAUGGCGCCCCCAACGAUUUUUGUGCCGAAAGCAGUGAAGGGAAGCGUGGAAAAGAUUUUCGAAGCUCACAGAGCUAUGGAUCAUCAGCUUAAGCAUACUCUCGUGGGUUUGGAUGUGGGUGAAGAGUUUGAUUUGAAGAAAGACCUUAGAGUGAGGGCAUUCAAGACAUAUCACGUUGUUCCAAGCCAGGGAUAUAUAAUUUAUUCAGUGAGACAAAAACUGAAGCAGGAGAAUUUCGGGCUACCUGGAGCUGAGAUAAAAAGCCUGAGACUCUCGGGUGUGGAGGUACAUCUCAAUGUUCCGUAUACAUACACAUCCCCUGAAAUUGCAUUUACGGGAGACACUAUGUCGGACUUCAUUAUUGAUCUGGAUAAUGUUGAUGCAUUGAGGGCCAAGAUUCUCAUCAUAGAGAGUACCUUUGUUGAGAGUUCAAGCAAAGUGGAGGGUGCAAGGGAGUAUGGACAUACUCAUUUGUCUGAGAUUAUCGGUUAUGCUGAUAAGUUCCAGAACAAAGCAAUUAUCCUAAUCCAUUUUUCAGCCCGCUAUCAAUUAGACGUAAUUGAAAAUGUUGUUUCUGCAUUGCCUCCUCCAUUGGCCGGACGAGUUUUCGCCCUUACAAAAGGGCAUAUAUGCGUGGCUAUUUUCACGGCUAAUUGUGGCCUUCUGGCCUCCAAGGAGUAG